AUGGAUUCCACUCAACGAGUGCAGACAGACGAGGACGAACGCCGGCCGUUGUUAGAUGGUCGCGGUCGGGCGGAAGGGUUCAAGUCUAAUGCUGCUGCUGCUGCUGCUGCUGCUGCUGGAGAACCGGCAAAGACGACUUGGGCAGGCCGGAAUCAGUGGAUUGUGCUUGCUAUGGCUAGUGGAGCGUGUGCUGCGUUCAAUGGAGCUUUUGCGAAGCUGACAACGACGGAACUCACUUCGAACUUCUCUCAGGCUGUUGCUAGGCUGCUGCAUCUUUCCGAGGAAGAGAAGGUGAUUGAGGUUGUUGUGAGAGGUGUCUUCUUUGGACUCAAUCUCCUCUUCAAUGGUGUCAUGUGGACGCUCUUUACCAAAGCCCUCAAGUGUGGUCUUUCCACUACGCAGGUCUCCAUCAUGAACACGUCAUCUAACUUCGUCAUCACCGCCAUGCUCGGUUUUGUCAUCUUUUCUGAGGCGUUACCACCUAUGUGGUGGGUGGGCGCUGCUAUGCUGGUUGCGGGGAACGUAAUUGUCGGACGGAAAGACGAGGGCGAAGGUCAAGGGAGUAGUGACACAAAACAGGAUGGAGAUGGACAUAGUACUGGCAAUGGUAGUGGCAACAAUGAUGCUGCUUCCGUUGGUGGAUCGACGGAAGGUUUGGCUGAGGGUGGGCUGGCGACAUACAGGCGUGCUGUCCAGGCUGAAGGGUCGGGGAGUCGUGGGAGACAAGGCGAUGGAAUACCGGCGGUGGAUGAUACGGAAAAGGAGGACAGUGAUGAGGAUGUUGCAUAACUGGGUGGUGGAGCAACUGGUAACGGAUGGUGAGAGUUCAGUGUAUGAAUUGUUACUUUCUGGCAGAUCUCCUCAGCAGAUAUCGAUUUGGAUUUAUCUUGUGUCAAUGGAAUGCUCUUCGAUUUUGC